AUGUCAACCAAUGAAGACGCAGUAGAGGUCUCCGAGCCCACAGAUGCCCCCAACGAGGCAUAUGAGGCGUUUAUAGAACAGUUCAUAACUCCAGAGGAGGAAGAGAUGAACAAGGAAAGGGCAGGGAAGAACAAGUCUAUGCGAGAGCUUCUACGGAAACCCCGACAGAGGAACUCCUCCGCAGAGGCUGGAACUAUAGGCAAGGAAGGUGACAACUUCAUGGGCGUCUCCACCUCCUCCAACGCCGUCCCUGAGGCCUUCGAGGGCAUCGUUGCUAGCUCUAGGCCUGCACCAGCCAUGUCACAAGCCCCACCCUGGUGGCCCAAGGGCGGGUACGACCCUCAUCUGCCUAUGCACCUCAUGCUUCACGAGGAGCUCGUAGACUACACCAAGUGGGUGGUCCUCAACGACGAUGAAGUGAAAGCAAGGGAGGAGUUCGUCGCGAGGAUCAAUGGGGUCUGCAAGGAUCUCUGGCCGCAAUGUGAACUCAAAGUCUUCGGCAGUUUCCUCUCUGGUCUGAGCCUCCCUAGUGGCGACAUCGAUCUUUCCCUCCAGAAUGUGCCUGUUGGUGCAGUAGAGGCCGUCCGAAUGCUCUCCGAUAAGCUCCUCAGUCAGGGCCAGCUGAAGGAGUUGGAGCUCCGCGAGACCGCUCGAGUGCCCAUUGUCAAACUCGUGGACGUGCUACCUCCACACGUCGAAGUCGACGUCUCGGUGCACGACAACUCCUCCGGCGAACCGGAUUCUUCUAAUACGACCAAAUUCGUAAUACGAGAGGGAGUGGAGAAGUACCCGGCCUUCAAGCCCUUGAUGAUAUUCCUCAAGACCUACCUCGCCUCAAGGAAGCUCAACCUUACCUUCACUGGAGGAGUCGGCAGCUACUUGGCCGCCUGCUUGGUCAUCGCCUUCCUACAGCAACAUCCGACGUCGUUCGGAUACUCUCGCACAGCCGAGGGAAACGAGAGCCUCGGGCACCUGCUAGUGGACAUGCUUCAGUGGCUAGGUCGUGACUUCCAUUGCGACAUGUACGGCCUUUCGGUCACUAACGGUGGGCGAAUGUUCAGUAAGGCGGAGCGACGCUUCGACGUAGUGAGCAAGAGGAACCAUAGCAACGACAUCAUCUGCGUGGAGAGUCCUCUGGAGCCUUCCUCUGAUAUUGGCAAUAAGUGCUUUCAGUGGAGGACCGUACGAGCGUCUCUAUUCAGAGGACGCUGGCAGAGGUCGAAGCCAUUUUCCAGCGGUACCACGGAGAGGGUAGAGAUGUGGAGAUAUCUGGGGAGAAACCAAUGUCGAAGCCAAUUAAGGUCGUGUUAG